AUGACGAAAUUCAUCUCAGUAAAUAAGUACAUGACAGAAGUCAAAGAUAAGUUAGCUCCAUUCGCAUAUUUGAAUGUUUACUUCUACAAUUUUGAAAAGUCUACAUUUGACAAAAUUUGGAACAUUGCACCAGUUAAGUUUGCUGUUGUUAGAAAAAGUGGUGCAACUUUUGAAGACUUAGACAUAGAAGGUUUGUUAACAGUCAAAGAAAAUUUUGACAGAAAGUUCUCAAAACUCGAAGAAGGUAAAGCAUACAAACUUGUUAUACCUUAUGAACCAAAGAAAGCAGACGACUAUGAAUAUUAUGAGUCUAAGAUAGUUGAAGUUCAAG